UAGAACCCUUUAGUGUUUCGCAGAACGUCAUAGAGCGAAGAGGACUGUAGUUCUCAUUUUCCACUUGGUUUUCGAUCAACGGCAAUCUCUUUCAAGUAAUAUACAUCAAGUUAAAUUGAUGAUGAACAUGAUCAAACUUAGAACGAACUAACCAAGAAUCGUAUCAUUAUUAGUUUCAAUAUAAAACUAAUACUGACAAAUCUGGAUAUCGAGUGCCCUUUAAAAACUUUCUUUUUUCAUUUUAUUAAAAAAAUACAAGGAAUGGCUUCAGUGUGCGUUUUACUGUUUCUGCUCAUGUUGCCAUUGAGUGAAGAAAGGAACUAUAUAGGCACUUCCAGGAAAGAGAAGAUCAACUGGUUCAAAUACGUAACGAGCGAGGUCUACGAAUCGCCGACAGCCAAAAGAAAAAAAGAAUUUCCAUACGAGUAUGAGCCGUUCCAUCACUGGACGGGGAACGCCUACAAGGACGAGAAAAUGAGCGCAGGAAUCACUAACAGAAUCAACGGGUAUUUGGAGAGGGACGAGAGUCACGCGGCGCCGCAAGAUGUCAGCAUCCGAGACAGACCACAGCACCUUUACAGCGCUGAGAUCGAUUACGCAAACAUCUUGGCGACCCUUUUCGUGAAGCUCGUGGCGUCAACUGUCCUCACGACCUGGUUUUUGGCGGCCGGGACCAUCCUCUACGGCCUGGCUGUUCUCACGGGCACCACGCAGGUCUUCGGGCAGGACUCCGUCAUAGGAUAUAUAUACAAGACGCUGCCCUUCGUCGAGGCCAUUCUCAGGGGGGAGUCUAAUUUCUCGAGGUGAACACCGAGAUUGAGAGCGAGAUAGAUAGAUAUAUAGAAAGAGAGAGAAAAGGAGAGAGAGAGAGAGAGGUAGAAAUAAGAGUUAUUAUCGGUAAUCGUUAUAGGUUACCAAUUCACUGAUGUUUAUAUAGUUUAUAACUAUGCUGUUUAAUAUAUUGUAUCAUUGUAUUGUUGUAACU